CAGCACGCAGGCCGGAGAGCCAACCUAAGCAGGCCCGCUAAAAACGAGCAUGCCCGGUUGAAGUUGUGUGGCAGGAUUGGUGCAAGAGGAAGCCUCGCCUCCCCGGGCGCUCCCUUGCAGCAGGAGAGGCGGCGCUGCGCCUUUAAGGAGGAGGGUGCCUGCCUGCCUGCCAGGCGGGGGGUGGCUGCUUUCCAACCCGGCUCCGGGCCUGAUCUGCCGCCUCCCGUGGGCAGGCUCGCCCGGUGGCUUCUCGGGAGCAGCGUCCGGCCGCCGGCGAUGCACGGGCUGGGGCCUCCGUGCGCCCUGGCCGCGCUUUUCCCACCGGGGCUGCUCCGGGCGGUGGCCAGAAGCGAAGCAUUGCGGGAAGCCAGCAGCAGCCGCCGCCGCCGCCUCCGGGCUACCGUGUGGCUCCUGCGUGGCCAGGUGCAGCCUGCCGCGGUGUCCUGGCAAGGUCCGCACCGAGAGUGCAGGCAGCUCCUCCUACUGGUUCCCCUCCGGCGGCCAGAAGGGCCGGGCCAGUUGCGCACCGAGGCCGCCCUGCGAGCCACCGGGACCGGCAUGCCCGGUGGGGUCGGCAGCGGGAGCCACCCCGGAUCGCAGAAGGACGCCAGCAGUUCCCCUGGCAAUGAGGUUCCGGAUCCCAGCAAGGAGAAUGGAAAGAAGCCAAACAAAUCCCAGCAGCUGAAGAAAGUUUUUAAGGAAUAUGGAGCGGUAGCAGUUGGGUUUCACGUUGGAAUUUCCUUGAUGUCUCUGGGAAUGUUCUACUUGGCUGUGACAAGUGGAGUGGAUAUGACUGCGCUGCUUUUCAAGCUGGGCUUUGAUGAAGCUCUUGUACAAUCCAAGUUGGCUGCUGGGACAAGCACUUUUGUACUGGCCUACGCUAUCCACAAACUGUUUGCUCCGGUCCGAAUCAGCAUCACCUUAGUUUCAGUGCCAUUCCUGGUCAGAUAUUUUCGGAGGACGGGCCUCUUCAAACCUCCAACCCCAAAUCCUUGAUUAAAUCCUCAGAGAACAGA